GCCCUGUAGCUGGUGAGAUCUGGUUCACCCAGAUGAAGAACAACCCUCUUUCUGACAUCUCCAUCUUCAUGGAUUUGUCAUAUGGUAAUCCCACAAUGACACCAACUAAAAACCACAACUGGCAUGUUCACAUUCACCCCAUCAGCUCAGAGAGGGAUGAUGAUGAAAACCACUGCAGCACAACAGGAGGACACUGGAACCCCUUUAAUAUUAGCACAGGAGACAGCAGCUAUGCCCUCCACUGUGGCCCGUCCAGGCCCUUUUCUUGCGAGGUGGGAGACCUCUCCAGCAAACACAGCACUAUCAACCUCGACACCAGAGUGGGCCGAGUGGAAGCAAAAAACUUUUUCACUGAUGUCACUUCCUGGUUGCCCACCUCAGGCAUCACCGGUCGUUCCGUGGUCAUCCAUCAAGCAGAAAGAGGAGGGUCAAGGAUUGCUUGUGGCAACGUCACAAUGAUUCGAGUCCCCAAAGCUAGCGUGGGUAGAUGGUUUGGCCCCCAGAUGUCCAGCGGCCAGGUACGGUUCUCCCAAGCUGUCCCACAAGGCCCCACAUCUAUAAACGUGUCCCUGAUGAACCUGAACUCCUUAGCUGGGGGUUACCACGUUCACAUACUGCCCAUCAACCCUGGCAGCGUAGAGCCCUGCUCCAACACAAACAUCCUGGGCCACUUCAACCCAUUAGCCUGGAAUGUAUCAAACAGUCCUGCCCCUGGAUCUGGAACAGUGGACCAGUAUGAAAUUGGGGACAUCAGCGGGAAGUUUGGGAUGCUGAAUGGCCUCAACCAGUCUCAGGCUGUAUACCUGGACCCUGAUAUGCCAUUAAUUGGACCCUACAGUAUAGUGGGAAGGUCACUGGUGGUCCACUACUCCAACGGAUCAAGAAUGAGGUGUGCUGACAUCUCAGCUGACAGAGAUACAGAUGGACAAUGGACUAUUGCCAAAGCUGUUUUCAAUGGCACAGUGACUGGGGAAAUCAGACUGCGCCAGCAGAUGUUUCCUGAUGGGAGUAGCAGUGAAAUCACACUGGAGGUGACCCUUCAAUCAACAACCAUUCAAAAUGCAUCCUUGUUCAUCAAAAACAACCGUGUUGGCACCAACAACAGGCAGUGCGACGGUGUGGGAGGCACAUUCAAUCCCUUCAACAUGACAUCAGUGAGCUCUAGCUGUUCACUAGAAAGCCCUCUGAGCUGUGUGGUGGGAGAGGUAUCCGCAAGACAAGGCACACUCAGCCUGACUGUGAGACAGCUCUACACUGACAGCCUCAUCCAGCUCUCUGGAGACAACACAGUGGUCCACAGAUCUCUAGUGCUGAAGAAAGGGGACAGCAUCAUCGCAUGUGCCGACAUCCUCCCAGAAUCCCCUUCAGCAGAGCAAACCUUUCCCAAAGUGACUAACUUCAGCAGAUAUGACUUCCGUAGGAGGGUUGCAGAUGUCCUGCAGUUGGAAACAGCAAGAGUCAGCAUCCUGCCCAGCUCUCCCCGCUCUGCAGCUAAUGGAAUCUGCCAACAAGUCAGCUUCAUGGUAUCUGGGGAUGUCAGCACAGAUCUUCUGAAGUCUGUCAAAACCAGCAUGAAAAUGGGCAUGUUCAGAGAGUCUGUCUCAUGUACAAGAAGUGCAGGUGUGCUGCUGGUUCCAGGAAGUCUGCUUCUUGGCUUGAUGUUUGCUGCUGCCUGCCUGCUGCCAUCUACAAUUUAUUCAUAGCUCAGAGAUUCAGCCACAUCAGUCGAUCAUCAUAUCGUAAAACUGUGGAAAUGUUUAUGAAACGUAGCUCACCAAGUGAUGAUAGUCAUCUGAUUAAUUAUCAAGCAAAUAACAAUUUUCCUUUAUUUUACAGCUUUUGUCAACCAAUAAAGAUCUUGCCAUUUUACAUUUUGCUUUUUGUAAUAAUCAUUUCAGGCAACAAGCUAUUCAACUGUUUAGUUUAGCCUUUAUAGAAAUGUAAUUCUUCUGCAGCAUACUGAUUAUAUUUUAUUCAACUGUACUGUGAAAUGGGUGGAUGAAGUUAAUGCUGUACAUUUUCAGAUAUCCAGACUUACUGUA